UGUGAAGUAAUGCAUGACCAUGGUCAAGUUUGUCGAUUGUCCACUCGGUAUCAGUCAGUCCAAAGCAGUGAUAGCUGACAAGAAGUUGAUGGACAUUCUGUAAACGCCAAACGAAUUCAUGGAGUCAACGAAUGUAACCAAAAUGGUGUCUGAAGAAAACCAAAACGAUGAAGUACUUUAGAUGGAAAUCUGUCGAAGUGUUCCAAAAUGAUAAAAUGUGACGAAAUGUAAAGAAGAAAACAUGAAAGAACAGCCAUCGAAACGCAAUAAAUCGUAACGAAGAAGAUCCAAACCAAGAACGAAGGAAAGAAAACGUAACCAAUAAGGACACACAAAAAAAAAAAAAAAAAAACCAAUAUAGAAUAAAGUAAUUACAAGAAAAAUUAAAGCAACAAAACAAAUUAAACUAUAAAAAUGAUAUACAAAAAGAGUUUAAGAAAACAUGUAAAACUAUAAAAUAGUAAAGAUUGAUAAAAGAGAAUUAUGUACAAUGAAUAUAGGAAGUUUUUUAUAUUUUAUGUUAUGGAUCGUUUUUGCUCUGUGUAGUGUUGCUCUAAAUAUUUUCAAUAUUGACUGGCACAAGACAAGCAUACCACAAGGUAUUAUUCUUGUCAUUGUGCUUGGAAUCCUGCAAGGUUCUGUUUACGAAUUUCCGGUGCAGACGAUUGCUACAUUGAUUGUCGGCGGCAACAGAAGGAAAAACCCAACGGCUGAAGGCGACAAUUUAACGCUCAUUCUCAACUAUAACUUGUUAGCAGUUACAGUUGAUGAUAUUGAAGAAUGCUUCCAGACAAUGUUUCAAGCAUUCAUGGGCAAUUUAUGUUUCAAUGUAUCUGCUGUUCUUGUCAGUGCAACUUCGAAAGAAGAUCUCAUAUCAUGUGAGUUAGAAUGCCGUGAUAAAUACCGGAAGUUAAUAUACGAUGAACUUUUCAAAGAAGGUGUCUGUUUCGCUAAUGGCUACUAUGACGAUAUCAAUCAAGACCGUUUUAAGAACGUAUGGAUGUAUUUCCAAUACUGUCCAGGGGAUAUUUUCAUCCAUCAACACCUUGAUUCAAUAUGUGAUCGAUUUGCACGAGAAUUUAUGGUAAUUCAUCGCACCAGUAAAGUUUUACGUAAAUGUGGACAAUAUCAAGAUCUAAUGUUGCUAUCUGAGGGAGAAUCUUUUGCUUACACAUAUACUGACAUUGAAUAUUAUGGAAAGAUGGCCCGUCCUUAUAACCAGCCCACCUUUUACUAUUCAUCUGACGUGCAAAAUAUAUUUAACCGGCGAUUUGAUUACACCUUAGUAUUGGAUGCCGAUACAGGGGUGCCGGAUGGAACGGUAGAAAAACUUCUCGGAAUAGCUGCAGCAAACCCAGAGAAAGGGAUCAUCCAACCAUCUAUAAAACUAAGUCGCGAUGAAAUCAAGUGCAUCAAGGAAUGUCCCACAGAAUCUUACACUUCUCCGACUCCAGGACUCUUUCGACGCGAUGACUGUGUCAUGUGUUUCCAGCUUCAAAUCCCCAUUUCUGGCACAGUUUCCAGGGUAUAA